AUGAGCGUCAACGGCCCACGUAGACGUGUAUAGGAACAGGUGACAUACGCCGAAAUGUUUGUCAUUCCCAAUAUCCUAAUAAUGUCGGCUGUUUGACGUUGGAAGGAAGAAGGGCAACGAAGCAGAACGACUCAAAAACAACAGCAAGAAAUAAAGACAUUAAUUAAGCCACAGAUAUAACAACAGAACAUCACAAAUGUAACAGCUGAACGAUAUAAAUAGUAUAGUAGGACGACACAGAGGCGCUGUAGCUGGAGAAACUUGAGUCGUGCAAAACCACUCGAUUGUCGAAGUAAUACCAAUAUUACGAAGAUAAAAGGAAAAAUAUGUGUUGGAGCCGGGGUAUGUUGUCCGGCACUCUCUUGCUCCUCCUGGUGUCUGGAUGGGUCCUCACAGCACCAGGCGUGACCAUUUUCCAGCUGAAUAUAACCGACAGUGAAAUGUCCAACUUAAGCGGUGCUACACUAGAAAGGGAUGAUCAAAAUGUUACGAUGCCAUCAACGUACAUAAGUGAUGAUACAACAAAUGCUGGAGUCAAUAUAACAACCCAGGGACAAAAUAAUGUAUCGUUUGUUACCCAUAUGUAUAAUAUUACAGAAAAUGCUAAUGCUAGUGGUAAUGCAACUACCCAUGCGCCAAUUAAGAAAAUACCAUAUUAUUGUUUGCCCCCGCACAGCGAUGCCGAUGGAGACCCAUUCCAUUUAGCACAUUUUAGAAUAGCUUGUUAUAUCGUUGGUGCUGUACUUGCUGUAAUUGGUAUUCUCGGCAACACCUUGUCAUUUGUAGUGUUAUACAAGGACCCUGCAAAGGGGACAAGUAUGUUUUAUUUAAAGGCAUUAGCCAUUGUGGAUUGGUUAGCAUGUGCCACUUUUAUCGUAUUCAAUUUCCCAUUCUUUUUGUACAACCACACCCACCUUUUAGAUAAAUCAAUUGAUGCCAGUCACCAUAUUGUGUUGAUUCAACCUAUUUCCCAGUAUCUCUUUGUGAUUUUCACCACACUUAGUUCAUGGGUAUUGGUGGCUAUCUCAGUUGAUCGUUAUAUAGCCGUAUGUCAUCCUUUUAAAGCUCCGACCUUAAGUACGUUAGGACGCGCCCGAAUUACGUUAGUUGUUGUUUCUAUCCUUUCUUUUGCUAUUCAUAUACCCAAAUUUUUGGAAUAUGAGACGAAAGAUUGGGGACCGUUCGGGGGGCAUCCUUGCACUCAUGAAGAAUUCUAUACACUUGCACUUACAAAUCUCCGUAAUGAUAAAGCAUAUAUGAUCGGCUACCGAGUUUUUAUCUAUUCAAUAUGUCAGCCAGUUGCUCCAGUAAUCAUAUUGUUGGUUCUCAAUGUUCUUUUAGUGCGUGCCCUUAAUAAGGCUGCUAAAAUGAGAGCCUCGAUGUCUGGAGACGAGGCUACAUCAGCUAAGGCUGAUACUAACGUCAGCGUUACUCUAAUAAGCGUGGCUGUUAUCUUUCUUAUAUGUAUGAUACCCUCAUUUAUGAACUCAAUAAUAUUAGUAAUAAAAACUUUCGAAAAAGAUAUGAUCAAUUUUUAUGUAUACGUAAAAAUAUCGGAGUUCAAAGUUAUUACGAGAAUCGGCAAUUCAGCUGUCAACUUUUUCAUAUAUUGCGUGGCGAGGGCAGGAUUUAGAAAGCAUUUAGUAGAGAUGUUAUGUGGUAAAAAACAAAAAGAUGGUUCUAUAAUGACAAGUGCAGCUACAGGCGCAACGAUGAUGUCCAAAACAAGAAGUACUGAAAUGUCAAAAAUGUAAAGAAUAUCAUGAAACAUCUCAUGAGCUAUCACACGGUGUGAUAGCAUGACGGUUACGUCAAGGC